AAGGAAGGGGCAGAACAACUCCAGCAAAGACAAAGCAGGUCUAAGUAACUUAAACUAGCAAAAGCUUGCUUUAAAACCAGAAAAGCUUCAAAGUAUUUAUUUCUUUUUCCAAAUUGAUCAUGGACAGGGUCUGUGCUUUCAAGCUUUUUCUUUAUGGUUAUGCAACUUGCAAAUGUUUUUGUUUAAGGAGAUGUUAAGAAAUAAAUGUGAGUAGUUGCAUGCAAGAGUAGGAAAUUGGGGUUAUCAAAGGGUGAUGAUAUAAAUGUAAUCAAACGUGGCAAUGGGAGAAGAGACCAGAGCUGGAAGGACCCAGUGCAGGAAAGAGGAAGGUGUAUUUAAUCCACCAGGACAUAAGGGGACUCAGAGAGAGGGAAGGGAUCAAAAAACACACUUAAGGAAACACUGGGUCUUGAAAAGCUGGGGGAAAAUAAAUAAAUAAACAAAUAAAUAAAUUUUUAAAAAAGAGUCCUCAGCCUUAAAACAGGAACAGGAUUCAGCAUGGGCUGCCAGGUGCUGUGCAUCCAGGGUGUGAGUGGAGCAGGAGGAGGGAGCAGGCACAGGGAGGGAAUUUCAUGGCAGGACUGACUCUCUGAAAACAGGCUGGCCAGAGAAAUGGAGAAGACAAAGAGAAUCAUGGUCUCCCUGCACCUGUGGCUCGCCUGCCUCCUGCUCCGCGGCGCAUGGCCCAAGCCCGCCUGCGACCCGCGCUCCUGCCCGCCGUGCCCUCAGGGCUCCCCGCAGGGCCCGGCCGCCGCCGCGGGCUCCUCCUGCUGCCCGCCGUGCCCGCCCUCCUGCCCCUGCCCGCCCUACCUGCAGGACGACUGCGAGCUGCACGGCUUCCCCGCCGGCCUCGUGCCCGCCGGCCGCGCCUUCCACAUCGACUUCGGCCGCUCGCUGUGCCGCUGCGGGCCCGCGGGGGCCGUGGCCNCCCGCGGGCCGACGGCUGCCCCGGCUGCGUCUGCUACGACCCGGACGGGCUGGCCGUGCCCGCGGGCAGCACCCGGGCCCGCAACGGGACCCGCCCGUGCCGCUGCCCGGCCCUGGGCGGCGAGCUGGAGUGCGGCGAGCCCGGGCAGUGAUGCUCCGCUGGCUCCUCUCCGGCUGCUCAAAUCGUCCUGGGAACUGCGGCAUCCCCUCAGAGCCUUUGGCACGAAUGAUGGGCUCUGUCUUCGCAAGCUGUGGGUCUUCUGGUGGGUAAAACUAGCACUGAGAGAUAAAAGAACGGGAAGGAUUCUACUCGUUCGGAUUCCUGAAUGGAAGAAGAUGUUUUGCUUUUACUAAUAAAUUUUGAGUUGGCUGAUAAAUGAAAUUCUUUUACCUUUCAGAGCCCAAUGAGAAGGAUUCCACUUGUUUGGAUUCCUGAAUGCAAGAAGAAAUUUUGCUUUUACAAAUAAAGUUUAGGUGGGCUGAUAAAUGAAAUUGG